GCGCGCACCCUCCAGUAAGAUGGCGGCCCCACGCGGCUGGCCGCCGUUGCUCCUUUACCUGUGGCUGUGGCUGUGGACGGCGGUGGCGGCUCAGACGGUGUCGCAGCCGCUUCGCGCCGAGUUGCUGAGCAUGCGGCCGGACAGCACGGAGGCAGACGCCGUCUACCUGGAGGGCGGGAUGCUGAAGGUGGCGGAGGGGACCCGCUUCAAGCUGCGGCUGUACGGCACCGGCCUGUGGCGGAGCGGGUUGCUGGGCGACGGGGGAGCAGGAGCAGGAGGAGGAGGAGGAGGAGGAGGAGCAGGCCGCCGAGGCCCUGGCCUCUCCUUCGUGGAGGUGAGCGACCUGCCGGACCCGGCGGCCGGGGCCGGCCAGCAGCGGCUCUGCCAGCAGGGCAGCUCGGACCUCACCAUCCUGGGCUCGAGUUUGAGCGGCCGCUCGGUCCUGGUGGAGCUGGAGGCCCUGUACCUGAGGAAGGGCGAGGUGGUCAAGUACUACUCGCUGUGCGCCCGGGUCGGGGGCCUGGGGGCGCACGACUGGGUCAACUUCAGGACCGAGGACUUCCACCUGGGCGUGGUGGCGAAGGAGCAGACCACCUCCCUCCGGCUCCGCAUCCUGAUCACCCUGCUGUUCGUCUGCAUGUCCACCCUCUUCAGCAUCCUGAACAUCAGCCUGAUGGCUCUGGACCCGGUGGAGCUCAAGGUCAUCAAAAACAGCGGCAGCGAGGAGGAGAGGAGAUACUCCGAGCAGAUCGAAUCCGUCCGAAAACAUGGGAAUUACCUGCUCUGCACCCUGAUGUUGGGGGAUGUCCUGAUGAACUGCUCCCUGACGGUGUGGCUCUGUGAGAUGUUCCAGUGCACGUGGCUGACAAUCUUGGUCUGCACCUGUUGCAUAUUCUUCUUUGGGGAGAUCCUCCCCCAUGCCGUCUGCUCCAGGCACGGCUUGGCCCUGGCUUCCAAGACCAUCUGGGUCACUAAAUUUUUUAUGGUCAUCACCUUUCCGGCCUCGUACCCCAUCAGCAAACUCCUGGAUGUCAUCUUGCGCCAGCAGAUAAGCAACUUCUACACCAGGGAAAAGCUGAUCGAGAUGCUCAAGGUGACUGAUCCUUACAAUGACCUGGUUAAAGAGGAGCUCAACAUUAUCGAGGGAGCACUUGAACUCAGGAAGAAGACGGUCGAAGAUGUCCUGACACCUCUGGGCGAUUGCUUCAUGCUGAGCUCUGAGGCUAUAUUGGAUUUCGCGACCAUGUCAGAGAUCAUGCAGAGUGGCUACACAAGGAUUCCUGUGUAUGAGAACGAACGCUCAAACAUUGUUGACAUACUUUACGUGAAAGAUUUGGCCUUCGUGGACCCAGAUGAUAGCAUGCCUUUAGAAACGAUGACAAAGUUUUAUAACCAUUCUCUACAUUGUGUGUUUAAUGACACAAAACUGGAUGCGGUGCUGGAAGACUUUAAAAAAGGUAAAUCCCACUUGGCGAUAGUACAUAGAGUCAACGAUGAAGGGGAAUGUGAUCCUUUCUAUGAAGUAAUGGGUAUCGUCACAUUGGAAGAUAUCAUUGAAGAAAUUAUAAAGUCAGAGAUCCUGGAUGAAACAGACAUUUAUACUGACAAUAGAUCAAAGAAAAUAGCUCACAGAGACCGAAAGCAACAAGACUUCUCACUGUUCAAAAGCUCAGACACCGAUGUAAGAGCCAAGAUUUCACCUCAGCUUUUACUAGCAACUCACCGGUUUUUAGCAACAGAGGUGGAACCUUUUAAAAGCACACAUAUAUCAGACAAGAUUCUGCUAAGACUCCUCAAACAUCCUAAAGUCAUCUGGGAGUUAAAGUAUGACAGGAAAGACAAAAUGGCCCCUGACCAAUAUCUUUACCAGCGGAAUAAACCUGUUGACUACUUCGUACUUAUCCUACAGGGAAAAGUGGAAGUUGAAAUAAGCAAAGAAGGCUUGAAAUUUGAAAAUGGAGCUUUCACUUAUUAUGGUGUACCUGCACUCACACCUAUGGUUUCUUCAGACACCAGAUCACCAUCUCACAACAAUGGAAUACAAUGGACAGAUCCAGCAAAUCGAUCAGAACGGAUUGAAUUUGGGGGUGGCACCCAUCAACAAAACUUUAGUAAUUAUAGCUAUGUUCCAGACUACUCUGUACGGCUACUAAGUGAUAUCCAGUUUGUGAAGAUCACGAGGAUGCAGUAUGCAAAUGCAGUAGCAGCAACCCAAAUGGAGAAUUCCCCCCAGACCCCUGAACCUGAUAUGGCGAUAACAGAAUCAACAAGUAAAGACCCAACCACUAGCAUGUCCACCGAAACCACUAACUUGUUCAAUGGGAAGAACCGUGUGAUUCGCAGCAAGUCAGAUGGAAUGAGAAGCCCAAGUGAUCUAUUUUUCUUGGGAGUAGAUGCAUUAAAUAAGUCAGACGUGACUGGAUUCAAGAUUAAGCAACAUGAUGAAAACACCAGCAUAAACAUUGAUCCUGAGGUCAACAAUCCCGAGUGGAAAAACAGCACCUCACUUAGCGGCUCAGAAGAGACACUUGGCAAAAAGCUCCUGAGGAAACUAAGUGGCAAAAAGAGGAAGCCCUCCAGGGACAGUGAGAAAAGCCCUGAAGAGAAUUUAAACGUACCUCAGCUAAAGGCCUGACAUCUCCAGCAAAGCAACAAGCUUAAAGCAAAAGAGUCACUUGAUGGGCUGCGAGGAGAAUCACUCACUGAUUGUGAACCAUUCCUUACACCAGAGCCCAAAUAAUAGAAGCUGUGAUAGUCAGACAUUAGCAGUGUUUGUAAACGUGAAACAAAAUUAAAGCAGAUAGUGGGGCCCAAGUAACUUGAGACAAUUUUCCUCAUUUGAUACUUUGAAUCAAGAAUUUGGGUUUUGCAUGUUUUUCAUUGCUGUUUCAUUUUACUUAAGAGGAACAAACUAUAUAGAUUUUGAAAUAGCUGAUUUUAGCAUUUUAUAUAAUGUGUCCAAA